UGCCGCGAGAUGCAAGAGGCGAAAUGGAAGCUCACCAGGUCAUCAGCCUUCUGGGGCAGAUUUUGGUUCCAGAUCCCCGGCGGUUAUGACGAGUGGAACCACCUCGUGAACGACGGUUGAACCCUUGUAACCAGAACCCCUGCAACUCCCGUUGAGAUGACAUGAUUGAAGCUCACUCUAGCUCUCCCAUGGCCCUCUCCUGGGCUUCCGAAGAUAGGAACAUUAAGCUCCAGCAAAACCAUCUGCUUUGACAUCUGAGGCAUUGUACGGGUUCUUAACACUGUCUGGGCCCUGAGAACACGACCCUCUUCCUGUUCACAAGCUUAUUCGGGCUUGGGAUUCUCGUCGACCCGAGAAGUUCUUGCACUUACUCAAAGCAUCGAGUCUACCUACCUCAUGCGUCACUAAGCUCAUGGGCUCACACCACACACAAUGUCCGCAACGAAAAGAAUAGUCGUUUUCGGAGGCAACGGCUUCCUAGGCUCGCGAAUAUGCCGCGCAGCCGUAGCCCGCGACUGGGACGUCACGUCAGUCAGCCGUUCGGGCGCUCCCCGCUGGGAAACGGUCACCUCCUCCCCCACCCCUCCCUCCUGGUCUCACAAAGUCGCGUGGGAGCGCGGCGACAUCUUCCGCCCCGCGCAAUGGACGUCGCUACUGCACGGCGCCGACUAUGUCGUGCACACUCUCGGCAUCCUGCUGGAAGCCGACUACAAGGGCGUCAUCUCGGGCCGCGAGUCACCCUUCUCGGGGCUGGCCAAGGCCUUCAGCCCGGCCAAGGGCGCGCACUCGCGCAACCCGCUCGAGCGGGUCCGCGACGAGGGCGCCGCCGAGCCCGGUGUCGAGCCGCCCACCUCGCCCGCGCAGCUGACGUACGAGAUGAUGAACCGGGACAGUGCAAUCCUCCUGGCCAAGGAGGCUGCCAAGGAAGGGGUCAAGGCUUUCGGGUUCGUUUCCGCGGCGGCCGGGGCGCCGGUGCUGCCUUCGAGGUAUAUUACUACGAAAAGGGAGGCCGAGGCGGUGGUGGCGAGGGAGUUUCCCGAGAUGAGGGGGGUGUUUUUCAGGCCGCCGUUCAUGUACGACCAGUCGAGGGCCGCUACGAUGGCGCUCGCGGCUUUGGCGACGGCGGGGUCGGCGGUUAAUGGGUUAACAAGGGGUGUCCUGGGUGGGUUUUUUGGGGCGGUGGCGACGAAGCCGCUGAAGGCGGAUCUGGUUGCCGAUGCUGUGGUAGAGGCGCUGGCUGACGAGACUGUGAAGGGACCGGUGGAAAUGCCGCAGUUGAAGGAGCUGGCACACAGGGCGUGGAGAAAGACGAUGCUCUAGGGGUGGGUGAACCCCAAACUCAAUGUAUCAUCACUGUGUCACCUCCGUGUAUAGGUAGUUUAGACGGUGCAUGUA